AUGUCUGAAUUAGACCAUUCAGAACACAGUGACGCCGAUACCCACAAAUCCGCUGAUACUGGUGAUUCAGGCCAACCCAAGAACACCAUGUUUCGAGGUUCCAAAUCGGAGUUUCAUCCCGCACUUAUCGUCUCCAAUAUUAAGAACCACAUUCCUAUUAUUCUUGAGAUGGAAAAAGAUCAAUAUUGUACCUGGGUCGAGCUUUUCCACAUCCAUGCUCGCUCACAUCGAGUCCUGCAUCACAUCGUUCCAUCUAUCGGAAAAGAGCCACCAGUCAUUACUGACGCCAACCAUGAACAAUGGUCCACUCUUAAUGCCAUCGUUCUUCAGUGGAUUUAUUCCACUAUUUCUACCGAUUUGCUGACCACUAUUCUAGAACUCAACUCCACUGCAAUGGAAGCAUGGAAUCGCUUGGAAGAUAAUUUUUAG